AUGGAGAGCGAAAGCAGCGCGAGUUCGGGUCCGAGCUCCAACCCCACGCUCGGGCGACGCAUGCAGGGCUGGUGUGCGCUGCUGCUGGCCGCUGGGAUGCUGGUCACCAUGGCGACAUGGAGCACACCUGUAGCAGUGUCCAGCCUUUCUGAGAGAGGUCUGCCUGAACCUGCUGCAAGAAUAGCUUCAGCCGCAAAUAGAACAGCUUCGUCGUUGUCAUCAUCAUCAUCAUCAUCAUCGUCGUCGUCGUUAUCAUCGUCGACAGCGUCGCAGCGGUUUGAAGCGGCUCGACGGCAUUCUCCCUCAGGAUCCAGACAUUCCAAAAAGGCCGGCGGUCACCAUGGCCACGGCCGGGGCACCGUCUCCAACGGCAACGCCAACGCCAACGUGUCCAGGGGGCAGGACAGGGCGAGGACGGAGGCCUCUGAUGACCGGAGCGACGGCGGCAGCCGCGAGUCGGACGGCAGCCGCGAGGAGGGCGCCCAGGGCAUCCACCUGCUGCUGCGCCCGCCCGAGCUCCUGGCGCCCAGCCAGGGCCCGCUCCUCCACGGCAACGAGCCCACGCCCGCCACGCCCACCCUGGCACCGCCCGACGACACCGAGUCGUCGCCCACGGCCGAGGACUGGGGCUCGGGCGACUACCUGGAGACGCUCACCUUCAUGGGCGCCGACGCCGAGGACCUGUCGCUCCUCUCCAGCCUGCCCACGUCGCUCCCGCCGACGGUCGCCCCCGUCGACCCGCGCCUUCCUCCCGGGGCGGGCGGGGACGAGGAGCUGGAUUUCGAUUGGGCGGAACUGUACCCCAUCGAGCCCACCGAGAUGCUCCUGCCCGACAUGAACAGCCUGGACCCCACCCCUUCCCUCUCCCCGCCCAUCCUCCGGGCUCCUCCAACGGACACCCAUAGGCCCUCUCCCCCGAAGCCCACCCCUCACGCCACCAUGGGCAUAGCACGCCCUCCCGGUCCCCCGGCGAUACCCCCUCCGGCUCCCACAAUACCCCGAAGACCGACCACCCAGGCGGUCACCAUCAAGCCGCCUCGCGUCCCCUCUGUACCUCGUCCCAGCAGCAUGCCUUCAACACGAGCCCCACUGCCUCCAACUCCCAGAAUCCCCCUGUCCCCGCCAAGCCGGCAGCCCUUGUGCAACAUCAGUAGACCUGAUAUGUACCUGGUGCAAGUGGGUAUGCCAGUGGGCACAUCCGUGGCUUUCGCCAAAGCCCACAUCAAGGACGUCCUGAGACGGGAGUUCAACCGCUCAGUAGAGCUGCAGGUCCUGAGGGCUCCGCCAACCUUCAUCUUCCGCACGGUGGCCGGUCCACUGGUGUUCACGGCCGUCUCUGUCAUAAACGCUCUCCGCCAAUCAACACGCAGCUCAGCCUCCAGCACCAUCCUCUCCGUCACUUCGAUCUCUGUCACUGUGCCCGACCACAAGCACCUGGUGCACUCAGUGCUGCAGUUUGUCCCAGGCCACGUGGACGUGCGUGUGUGCAGCUUCAGUGAGCAGGUGGAGAGAGGCCUGCUCACGGCAUAUGCCGAGGUGCGCCGACGCUACCAGGAAAAUGGAAGCUUCACCAUAGAGAUUGUCAACAUCACGAUCAGCAUGGCCAAGGCCCAGCGUCAGCAGCAGAGGGCGCCGGUGGACAUCACCUUCGCCGUGAAGGACGAGCGCAGUGGCUACCUGCUGGGGUCGGAGGUCAGCGCCCACCUGCGGCAGCUCAGCAUGGUGGAGUACAGCUUCUACCUGGGCUUCCCUGCCGUACAGAUAGCAGAGCCUUUUCAUUACCCAGAGCUCAAUAUGACCCAUCUGCUACGCUCCUCUUGGGUGAAGACGGUGCUGUUGGGUGUGUUAGACCAGCGCGUGAGUGAGCGCACGUUCCAGGCCAAGAUGGAGAGACGAUUGGCUCAGCUGGUGGGGGAGGGGCUUGGGGUUGGUCGCCGCUGGAGGAGAGCAACCAUUGUGGGCAAUAACAGUGUACAGGUGGUGCGGGCGGUGCGGCUGGAGGGUGCAGACCACCCUCUGGAGCUGAUCUACUUUGUGGAGGGGGGCACGGGGGAGAGGCUGCCGGCACACACCGCCGCUGCCAUGCUCAACCGCAUCAACCUGCAGAGGGCCGCCAUCGUCCUGGGCUAUCGCGUGCAUGGGACGAUCCUGGCUCAGCCGGUGGAGAAGCUGGCGCUGUCGCCGUCGGAGACGCAGCCCAGCAGCGUGUGGCUGGUGGUGGGGGUGGUGGUGCCCGUGCUGGUGGUGCUCUUCAUCAUCGUCAUCCUCUACUGGAAGCUCUGCCGCUCCGAGAAGCUGGAGUUCCAGCCCGACGCCAUGAGCACCAUCACCCAGAGACAAAAGCUCCAGGCCCCCAGUGUGAAAGGUUUUGACUUUGCCAAGCUGCACCUGGGCCAGCACAGCAAAGACGACAUCAUGGUGAUCCAGGAGCCCGCCCCCUUGCCCCCGCAGGUGAAGGAGGCCACGCCCUCAGAGGGAGGGGAGCUCAACACACCCAAAUCCAAGAGCUCCUCCACCAAAGUGUCCCGCAGUGGCGCUGGACGAAGACGAGGCCGGUUGUCUCCAUCAGAUGGCGACUCAUUGGGCAGUGAAGCGUCCAGUGGGCGGGACUCAGCUGAGGAAAGCACACGCCCUGCUGCCACACCCAAUGAAGGAAAACAACACCGGAAAAGCAAACACUCUGCGGGGGGGAGUGGAGCAGACGAGCAGCUCUCGUCAUCGUCCAUCUUCGAUCACGUGGACCGCAUGUCGCGCGGUUCCUCGGACGGAACCCGUCGCAUCUCGAACAAGAUCCAGCUGAUCGCCAUGCAACCGGUGCCCAGCCCCCCGACGCCACAGUCCCAGCUGCCAACACACCACGAGCACGGGCACGCACACACACACACUCACACGUACACACUCACCGAGAGGGGCCCAGACGGCACGCAGGUCAAUACUGAGAUCGCCGUGGCGCUGCGGCACAAGUCGGAGAUCGAGCACCACCGGAACAAGAUCCGUCUGCGCGCCAAGCGGAAAGGCCUGUACGAGUUCCCGUCCAUGGAGGACAUCAUGGCGGCGUUCGGCGACAGCGCCGAGCAGCAGCGCGUCUGCCAGCAGAUCCACAAGAUCCUGCACCCCGACUCCCACUCCUCCUACCACUCACACGCGCACAGCGCAGAGAGCCAGCGCAGGAGUUCUCGGGGGAGGCGGUCUCCACGGCAGAGGCGGGGUCAGCCUGUGAUUGGGAGUCUGGAUAAGGACCGCCUCAUCACCGACAGGGACGCCACCUACAGGAAGUAUCCCGGGGUCAACAACGUAGCCUAUGUGUCGGACCCUGAGCAGCUGACUGCAGGAAGCCCAUCCCCAGACGAGGUCUUUGGUCCUGGUUCCCCUCCCUCUGGUCCCGCCCCCGGCCCGCCCUCAUACCAGCCUCCUCAGCCAACCAUAGAGGAGGCUCGUCAGCAGAUGCUCUCCCUAUUGGACGACGCGUUUGCUCUGGUGUCUCCCUCCUCACAGGGAAGUCCCGCCCCACUGGCGCUCACUAGCGUUGCCGGGGUGACGGCGGGAGGCGUGAUGAGUCCUGGGGCCCCCGCCUCGCCGCCACCGCGUCCAAUCAGGCACUGGGGAUCGGCGCCGUCAAAUAGUCCUUUCUCUGCGAGGUAUGCAGAGCUGGGGAUGUCCCCUACCUCUGUCCAGGGUCUACUCCAGAGAGAGGCGCUAGGUUCAGGCUACCUGCCAUCGGAUGUGUACUCCAGUAGGGGGCAGUAUGGAGAUGAGCCAUCCUGCUCUCACAGACCACGACCUGUAGGGGGCAGCACAGGUGCCCAACUCCAGCAGCUGACACAGGUGGGUUUGUCCAGCCGUAUGGGUGUGUACGGUGUGGGCCGCAGUGUGUCAGGCCCCUCUGGCUGCAGCUGGCUCCAGUACCGCUCAGACGAUGAAGAGCCCAGGCCUGGAUCCGACAGAGACAACAUUCUGUCCUACUCUGACGAGUACUCCGCCUCCCCCCUGUUUCAGAUGCCCCGCACCGCGCUCACAGAUCCGUCUGCCCCCCCAACACCCACCUACUCGCCCCCUGCCCCACCCGACGGCCCUCCGCCGGACCCCCCAUCACAGUCCUCUGCCUCCCUCAUCAAAGCCAUCAGGGAGGAGCUGCAGAGACUCAGCCAGAAGCAACCGCCCUUGGCAGCCUAUCACAGCUAACG